AUGGAAACUGAAAAGCUGAAGCCGUUUCACGUCAUCAAGUCGGACAAGCGUAUUCAUCGGUCACAGCAUAAGAAGUGCUAUGGUCUAGAAAUUAAACGCUGCGUUUUCUUCUAUGAUUGUACGACGUGCAAGAAACGCCUAAUGAGUAACCAUCAUCCCAAGAGAGCAUGCUAUAUCUUCUUACGAAAGGCGUUAGAUGAUUUGUUUUUGGGAACGGCCUUACUCUUUACUGCCCUUAUUGUGAUUGCAACCCAGCCUUUUUCUACUCGUCAGAUUGUUUACAUUUUAACUUGCGGGACUCGCCUUUUGAGCGACUCGUAUAUUUCUUUCCAGUUUUGGUCCCCUUUGAGUGGAAUACAGCUUGCCCAGUAG